UGCCAUCCGCAUCAGAUUUCUUGCAGUAAAAAGGACAGGGGGUGCGCACUACUGAGUGUGUGUGAGAGAGUGUGUAAGGCAGUUUGAAAGCAGAGAGCGAAGGAGUUAUACCAACCUGAGACGGACUGACGAGACAUCGCAAAAAUAUUAAAGCGACGCUACUCGAAAUAAAGCAACUAUGGAAAGAACGAUGUUGGGACGCUGCAGGUUUUGGACCUUACUUGCUUUAACACUGCAAGUAUGUUUGGCUGAGGUCAAAGUCAUGGUGACCCCAAAGGUGGAGGUGAUUAAAGGAGAGACUGCCAAGCUGCCGUGCACAUACACCACCACUGCAUCUGCCUCCACUAUUGUUGCUCAGUGGUUCAUUGAGGUUGCAGGUGUAAGGAAGCAGAUAGCUUACAAGACUGAGCGUAGUUUUGGCGUUGAUGCUAACACACCGUUGACAGAUCGGUUAGUCUUGGGAGAUGACUUGUCCAUCACCAUUUCUCCAGUCAUAGUGGACGAUGAGAGGAGCUUUUACUGCCAAGUUACAACGGGGUCUACGGGGGUCUCUGAGGCUGAAACCAUGGUCAAGGUUUUCUAUGCUCCAGAGAAGCCUGUGAUAUCUGGCAAUGACCAGUCUAUCCCUGUCUUUGAGGGAUUUACUUCCUCCUCUGAGGUUGGAAAGUGCACCAGUAGGAACGCACACCCUCAGCCUCGUUUAAUCUGGUUCAAGGAUGGCACACCUAUGCCUGAAGUAAAGGACCUUAAGGAGAAAACAUACAUGAUAGCUGGUGUAGUGAAGGAAGCCUCAGGCCUGUACACUGUGACCAGCACACUAUUCAUGCGGCCAGAAAAAGCAGAUGCUAAAUCAGUUUUCCAUUGCACUGUGGAGUACAGCAUGCCAAACAAACAGAUCAAACAGGAAAGCUCUGAUACAUUCAACCUCACGUUGCUUUAUUCAGCGGAAAAUGUGUUCUUUAAAAUUAUGAAUCAUGGGCCGAUCAAAGAGGGGGAUGAUGUGCAUAUGAUCUGUGAGACUGAUGGAAACCCUCAGCCAAACUUUCUUUUUUCUAAAGAGGAUAAGCAAUUGGCAGGGGCAACAGGUAGUUUGAUGUUGAAGAGCGUGACUCGCGAGGACGCUGGAACCUACAAGUGUGUAGCUGAGGAUUUUGAUGCUGGACCCGAAGUUGUGCUUGACAAGACUUUGAAUGUUAAUGUGCAUUAUCUUGACCCUGUGGUUGUAGCUCCAGAAGGUCCUUUGAAUGUUUCUCAGGGAGAGGCUGUGGAGCUUCAAUGUAAGACCAAGUCCUCAGACAGUUACACUCUGCAGUGGAAAAAGGGCUCAAAGGUGCUGUCGCAGAACGGUGUGUUGACUCUCCAGUCGGUGACUCUCUCUGACGCUGGUCUGUAUUUAUGUGUGGGAGCUGUACCCACUGUGCCAGGUCUCGAAAAACAAGCCAAUGUCACCAUUACCGUCCAAGGUAAACCCGAGAUUGAGGCUCCAGUGAAUAGUUUGGUUGCUAAAGAGGGGAACGUGGUCACUCUCAACUGCUCCGCUCUUGGUUAUCCUCCUCCACAGUUCACCUGGAAACCCUCUGGCAAAGAGUCUGUAACAGUAAUGGGGAACAAGUUCAUCAGCACUAUCACACUUAAAGCCUCAUCUGCAGUUCUGAACGACGGUGUCACAUGCGAAGCAUCCAACGUGCAUGGAAAAGACAGCAAGAAAUUUACGGUGUCCAUCAAAGAGCAAGUUACAGCAGCAGAUGCCAAUGCCGCUAACCGAGGAAACCCCGUGUUUAAAACAGCCGAAACACAGCAGGCGGGUUCGAGUGUGGUCGUGAUCGCGGUGGUGGUGUGCGUUCUGGUCCUGCUUAUAUUGGUGGCUGUGAUCUUCUUCCUGAAUAAGAAAGGCAAGCUGAGUUGUGGAAAGAAGGACAAGAAGGACGUGCCUUCUGGUGACAUGAAAGGUGGUAUUGUGGUGGAGAUGAAGUCCGGCGAUAAAGGCAACGAGGAGUCCGGUCUGCUAAACAAACCUCAUGCAGAUCAGUGAUAAAGACAGAGAAGAUCUCAAGAGGAGAUGAAGUGUUGGAAUCGAAGCGCUGUUUUCUCUUCAUGAGUAUUAAGCCUGAUGGAGAAGAGAGAGGAUACAUUUUUAGUUGUACAGUUUUCUUUUGGGUUGGGUGGGUUGGAAAGGGAUGGGCUAUUUUGAGGAAUCUGGGGAGGGGGGUCAAUUUGGGCACAACAAAUGUAAAUCUGGCAUUAUUUUGAUAAGGGUGUCUACUGUAUCAUGAUUAUAUCAGGUCAAUCUUUGUCCGUUAAGAAUGUCUGGGUAGUAGAUCUCUUUAUGGGAUAGAGCCAUUAAUGCAGUUCAGUGCUAAACAAGCAGGGUCAAUUUUACUUAGAGGAAAACACCACCGUUUUUCAAUAUUUUACUAUGUUCUUACCUCAACUUAAAUGAAUGAAUACAUACCUAUCUUUUGUCAAUGCGGGCACUUUUUAACCUGUACAGCGCGUCGUGAAUGUGUUAGCAUUUAGCCUAGCCCCAUUCAUUCCUAUGGCUCCAUACAUGGAUGAAUUUAAAAGCCACCAAACAUUUCCAUGUUUUUCCUAUUUAAAGACUGUUACAAGAGUAGUUACACGAGUAAGUAUGGUGGCACAAAAUAAAACUUUUGUUUGGAGCCAUAGAAAUGAAUGGGGCUAGGCUAAAUGCUAAAACAUUCAAAAAGCGCUGUACAAAGAUUAAAAGUGCACGCACUGAUAAAAGAUAGGUAUGUAUUAAUUCAUCUAAGUGAGGUAAGAACAUAGUAAAAUAUAAAAAAAUGGUGGUGUUUUCUUUUAAAUACCCAUUAAAACAAACCAUAAAGUUUAGGCACUGCAUGUUGCUCUUGUUCAUACCGUGCUACACCUUCGUCUAUUUGAACAUGCUUUUGCUCGGUGCAGUAAAGCUGCCAACCAUUAUUAACCAAGAAACCGCACUUAUAAAAAUUUUUUUUUGAAUCAUAUACAUUACUACACAUAUGCCAUCUUAUCUUAGAGAGUAGACAUUAACUGCUUUGGUCGUGUUCUGCAUGAAACAUAUGGAUAUGCCAUUAUCAUAUACACUGUCCAACUGUUUGCUUAUGACAUUAUAAGCUCUGCCAUUCAUAUCCGCAUUGAUAUGUAGUUCAUAUUCACAUGUUUGCCUCAUAGUUUAGAUUAUGCCCAAAAGAGCACACAAAAUGCUAUUUUAAUGUACUACACCUUUAAGAAUUGAUCUAAGACUAAAUAAGAAAAGUGACAUGCGAGACAUCUAGUUGUUUUGGGAAUGCUUCAGAGAUACUAACUGAAUCAGUUCAUUUCCUCUCUACUGCCCUGAAUUCCAAUCUACAUCCCAAACAUGUUCAAAGACUUGAACCUAAUGCAGUAAUUAUUAAACAUGGGCUACUAGGAGGACAGGUCAGGUCAGGGUUAUCCUGUGGUUUUAAAAUACAGGCACGCGCUCUUUUUAAAUGGCUCCUGACAGGGUAUAGGGUUGAUUUGUUUAUAUAUUAUUACCUCUGCUCUUUUUGUAUUCAUAUUUUAAAUUGAUUGAAAAUUAUUUCUGUAUUGUGUACAAAUCAAAGUGCUUUUUUUUACUUUUUUUUCAGUUUGAACCAUCAAAUUAAACACUGAAGGCCUUUCUUAAAGUUUAAGGGGUGGUUUUCCAGACAGGGUUUAGAUUAAGCCAGGCCUAGGCCUCCAUUAUUAAAGACAUUAAGUAGUUUCUACAACAUACCUUACGAGAAACAUUACUGGUGUACAUGUUGGGACAAAACAAUGUAAGCUGUUUUCAGUUAUGGCAGCUUAAACAUGCUUUGUAUUUUAGGACUAUGCUUAGGCCUUAGUUUAAUUAGGAAAUAUAUGUAGUAAUAACAAACAUGCCUUACUAAAACAUUACUUGUGUGCAUUUUAAGGCAAAACAAAGGACACUGAUGUAUUUUUAGAUAUGUCAGUGCAAGUUGUUUUCAGUUUGGACAGCUUUUACAUUUAUUUUAGGACUAAUCUAAUCCCUGUCCAAGAAACCGCCCCUAUAAGUUUGGUGACAUGUGCCUGGUUGCUUGUACAGCAUUUCAUAUACAAAUAAUGACUGUACAUUUUAAAAGAAAGGAGACACAAAAACAGCUUGUAAAAGUUAAGGGAUAGUGGCAGAAUUUUUAUAUAUAUAGGUUCAUGAGUGAUCAGCUUUUGUUAUUUAUCAUUUUAUUCAUAACCUCUUCCAUUUUGCUUUAUCUUUUCCUUUUUUUAAACCAAAAAAUAUAUGAUUGAAGACUGUAAAAAUGAUUUGUAUAUUUGUUUAAGGUUUCUUUGUUUUGCAUCUGUAUGUAUGUUUUUUUUUUUUUUCAGUGAAAGCACACUGGUGUUCAGGUUAGGCACAGCUGGAAGAUUCUAGAAUCACAAUGUUGUCGGGACACCCUGUCAUUUUUAACCAAGUUUCCACUCUUAUGUGAUUAUGUGAGCCUUGUUAUUUUCUUCAGGUAACAGAUUCAUAAUAGCAGUUCUUUAGGUCCAUUGCAUACCAGAACAACAGUAAAUUGCAGGGACGAUAUUUACUCAAUUACAGUUUACUCAAUGUCCACAGACACAUGCAGAUAACACAUAAAGUGCUUGUCUGAACCAACAAAACAGUGAUUCUAGACUCUUAACUAGUAUCAUGUAUACAGCACAGAGUGGACUGAGCAGACAUGAGCUGGGUUGAAUGUGCAGCAGGGCUUGGUUUGGAUUUAUGACAUUAUUUUUUUAAACCUACUGAGUCUUUGUAUGUAGUGGUGAGUGAUCUAAUGAACUGGUAUGUAUUCAUUGUCCAAUCGACACAUGGAAGAUUAUCAUAUUAUUGAGAAUAUGGGAACGUGAAACUUCAAUUUCAAACACUGGAAAUGUAUAACGACUAUUUGUUAAGCCUCUGUUUCAGACUUAUGUUGUAUUAUUAUCCUAAUGCUACUUUUGACAUUUACUGAUUUAAUUCUGCAAAAUGUAGCCACAGCUUCAUUACCAAUGUAAUAUGUGCAUGUGACCACUACAUGCAUACCGAUGUGUUUAAAAACGUUUAUGUAUGUCUUAACUACUGAACAGUUUUUUGUACCAAUUGAACUGCUCUUGCGAUACAGAAUAACACUGUUUUGAAAAAGAUGUCAUACUUGUCAUAUGGAUUGCUAAAAUUGUUUAUGCCCUCCAGGUAUACUGUAUAUUUUGUGGUACGCAUUUGUGAACUUUGUAGCUUGUCUUCUGAAUGGAAAUGUGUAGAAUUUAUACUGCCAAAAAAAGAAAUCCCAAAAUAUA